CCCCCCUCCCACUACCACUAGGUCGAGUCGAGGAGGAGGAGGAGGAGGAAGAGGAGGAGGAGGAGGGAUGAGGCGCGCGGCGGAGGGGAAAUGGCUGCCGAAAACAAGCCGGAAGGACUGAAGAAGAUAAGAAAUCCAGAGCGAAUGGUCAGGAUUGCUGUUGGCUACACUGGACACACCCCUCCCAAGAGUGACGACACUGACGCCAACAAUGAGCCCGGCCAGUUGAAGAUUUACCUUCCUAAGAAGCUGCUAGAGUGUCUACCCAAAUGUUCCUCUCUGCCCAAGGAGCGCCAUCGCUGGAACACCAACGAGGAAAUUGCUGCAUAUCUCAUCACUUUUGAGAAACACGAUGAGUGGCUGACGACGUCGCCGAAAACCAGACCUCAGAAUGGCUCUAUGAUCCUCUACAACCGUAAAAAGGUGAAGUACAGGAAAGAUGGGUACUGCUGGAAGAAAAGGAAAGAUGGCAAGACCACCCGAGAGGAUCACAUGAAGCUGAAAGUCCAGGGAGUAGAGUGUCUGUAUGGCUGCUACGUCCACUCCUCCAUCAUCCCCACCUUCCAUCGUAGAUGCUAUUGGCUGCUGCAGAACCCAGACAUUGUGCUGGUGCACUACCUGAAUGUACCGGCGGUGGACGACAGCGGGAAGCCAUGCGGCCCUGUCCUCUGCUCCAUCAACACCGACAGGAAAGAGUGGGCAAAGUGGAGCAAGGAGGAGCUCAUUGGACAACUCAAGCCCAUGUGUGCUGGAAGCAGCCUGCAUCAGAAAUGUUCCAGUGUCAAGCAGCGCAUCAUCUCCUCCAAGCAGGAGUCAGGAGCAGCAGCAGGAGGGGGAACUGCAGUCGGUACCAAUGUAGCAGCAGGCCAGAGAGCUGAGGAAGCAGAUGGCACAGAGGUCCAGAACAGCGACGUGUCAGAGGGCCAGACAGAGCCCAAUCCUGGAGGGGGGAGGAGCAGAGCAGGUGGAGGAGAGAGGAGGAAUGGCAGGAUACCCAAACCCUCCUUACUCCCACAGAGCAGCAUGGAGGUGUCUUCUUCUACUUCCACCAACCAGGUGGAGGUCCCUGACACCACCCAGAGCUCCCCGCUGUCAAUCACCAGCGACAUGGCUGACAGUCCUGCUCUUGCAAUUGGAGCGGGCUUAUCACAGAGCACAGCUGUGUUCAUGUCUGAGGUCACCACGCUCACUGGGGAUUCGGUUUAUUCCGCCGGCCACACCCACCUGCUGGCAGCUACCCACGACAGUGCCACCGCUGGGAUUCUGUUAGCUGUUGCCCCUGAAAACCAGAGAUUUGCAUCAUUUCCUGGUGGAGUAGGAUUGGGCGAGGGAGGAGAGUUGGUCCUGUCCAGCUCUUUAGACUCUGGUGGAGCAGUCAGCCUUCCUGAAACCACCAUGACCUUUGACCCCGAUUGCUUCCUCAACAAUCCCAAGCAGGGCCAGACAUAUGGAGGAGGUGGAGGGAAGACUGAGGGCUGUAACGGUGAUGAUGGAGGCCUCCACUGUUCCUCUAAUGGCUUUGUCUACAGCCCAACCCUCGUCAACAACAUCAAGACGGAAGCUACACCCCUAGAACAACCCCUGUCCACUCAGAGUAGUUACGUAGGAGAAGGAGCUGGCCUCAGCCCCAGCACCACGCUGGAGCAAAUGGAUUUCAGUGCCGUCAUGUCAUCAGCCUGUGUCCCAACCCUGACCCAGCCUUCACACCACCCUUCCCCGAGCCUCUUCCUCCAGGCCUCCCCUCAAACAAGCCAGCCCUCCCAGCUGCAGACCAACGGUACUGAGGCAACCCAGGAAUCUGGCGAGGCCCAGGCUUACAUAGGCCUGCCCACGGUGCCAACAGACUCUUCAGUUGCCAAUGGAGACUCACAUACACACCUCCAUCAACCCAGGACAGACCAGCAGGCCCUGUGUGCAAGGAAUGGGAAAGGAUCAGCAGUGGGUUCCUUUCCCCUGACACCGCAGGAUACCACUGUCGACCAGUCAGGCAGCAGAGGACACCAGGAGGUCGGAGGCCUAGACAAGCCUGCUGAGAAUGGGGGAGAGUUACUGCUCAAGACCGGAGAUCCUCGUGAAGCUUAUGCUAGUGUUGACACAGAGCACUACCUCCAACCCACAGAUGACAACGGAGGAGAGGAAGGCGGAGGAGGUGGCGGAGGAGGAGGAGGGGAAAAUGAGAUCCUUUGUAAUGGUGUGAACUUGUCAGGGGCAAGCAGCUCAGUGGUGGCCAGUCCUCAGUCAAUGGCUACAGGCGCAACCAUUGAGGGGGCGCUCUACAGCUCUCCACUUCCUCAGCAAGGUGGGGGGGUGUCAGCUGCAACAGCUGGAGCAGGAACAGCCAUCAGUCUGGAAGGCUUUGAGGCUUCUUUUGGAAGCCAGUUUUCUGAUCUCAUCAAUGAUUUCAUCUCAGUUGAAGGGUCUGGGAAUGGAGUCGGGGCAGCUGUCAAUGGGGUUCUGAUGCCCCAGGAGGGGGCAGCAGGAGAGGAGCAGGGCACAGCAGCAGGCCACUUGCAGGGCUCUGAGGUGGAGCAGGGAGCUUUGGGAUUGCUCCAGGAGACUGGGAGGCUGUUUGGCGUGACAGACUACUCCCCAGAGUGGUCUUAUCCAGAGGGUGGAGUGAAGGUGCUCAUAACAGGUCCAUGGUUGGAGUCAAGCAGUGAGUACAGCUGUCUUUUCGACCAUAUCAGCGUCCCCGCUGCCCUCAUUCAGCCCGGGGUGCUGCGCUGCUAUUGUCCAGCCCAUGACACAGGACUAGUGAUGCUGCAGGUAGCUAUGGGUGGUGAGGUCAUCUCUUCCUCUGUGGUGUUUGAAUACAAGGCACGCGACCUUCCAGCCCUCCCAUCGUCUCAGCACGACUGGCUGUCCCUGGAUGAUACCCAGUUCAGGAUGUCUAUCUUGGAGCGUUUGGAGCAGAUGGAACAGAGGAUGGCUGAGAUAACCAAUCAAAAUCCCAGCUCAGAAGCCAUGGCAACAAAGGGAGGAGGAGUGGAGGGAGGAGGAGCUACUGAUCAGCAGUCUCAAAUCUCUCCUGAUCAGGGGUCAUUCGAAGGUCGUGUGGUGGUGGUGUGUGAGAAGAUGAUGUCUCAGCCGUGCUGGGCUUCUUCUAAUCAACUCGUCCACAGUAAGAACUCCAGAGGAAUGACUUUACUGCAUCUGGCUGCAGCUCAGGGUUAUGCGGGACUCAUUCAGACACUCAUUCGCUGGCGCACAAAGCAUGCUGACAGUAUUGACCUCGAGCUGGAAGUAGAUCCUCUGAACGUAGACCACUUCUCUUGCACUCCAUUGAUGUGGGCUUGUGCUCUGGGCCAUACUGAGGCGGCAUUGGUGCUUUACCAGUGGGAUCCAAGAGCUCUAGCUAUUCCUGAUUCACUGGGACGCUUGCCGCUAAACAUUGCCCGAUCCCGGGGCCACACUCGAUUGGCUGAGCUCUUAGAGCAACUGCAACAUAGUCCUCAAACUCAGGGCCAGCCUGCGGACACUUGGAUGGAUAGAUGGAGAGGAGAGUCACAGACCGGUGGGAUGAACAACAGCCCCAGCCCUAACCCAAACUCAGAGCUGAGGAGAACCAGGGCAGGAAGCAAGCCAGACAACCAGAGCCAGAGCUGGAGCCAAACAGAACACAGACCCCAUAAGGGAACCCAGGGAGAACAGGGAGGUCCACCCCCAGCCAAGAGGCUCAAACCCAACCCAGAUUCACAGCAACAGCUAGCUAACUCGAUCUCUGGUACCACCCCCCUCAACUCCUCUCCAGGUCCUAAUCCUCAACGGUCUCCCCUCUCUAAGCCGCUACAGACUCAACCCACGAACCUCAGCUGUCAGAAGGCACCACUUACCAGGUCCAGCCCCAGCCAGCCUCAGCUUCCUAGUGCCCCAUUCUCCCACCUGCAGGCCAGGAUAGGGGGAGCUGGAGGGGGCAGCAGGUGGCGUCUGAGACAGACUCUGGGGCAGCGUAGCCUCGCCAGGAAGAUUCUAGGAAAGGAGCGAUUGGCCGUUCACCUGCGUCAAAGAGUGCUGUCUGACAGGGGAGAGGAAACACAGCUGUUGACCUAUCAGGAUAACGCAGAUGACUUGCAGAUGGACAUCACAAUGCUAGCUGAUCACAUUGUGGAGGCUUCAACUGGCAGACUCAAGCAGGAGGUUAUUGAAGCAGAAAUUGAAUCCAGGAAGGUUGGGAUCAGCAGUGAUGUCAGAUUACUGUCUGGUUACCUUGGUGAGGUGGAAAGGUUUCUAAACUCCAAACCUCAGACUCCCAGCCCCAAGCCAAACUCUCUCUCAGGGCCAGAGGAUCAGCAAAGUCCUCAGGCUAAGCAAGCCCCAUCCUCCCCCUCUGAGUGGACCUCCUUUCUUUGUGCAGCUAUGAAGGAGGAGAGGUUGAAAACAGAUUCCUCCUGUCUAGCCAUGACUGAGGCAGAGCAGGGAGAGCUGUAUGAGACCAUCAGGCAUGCUCUGCACUCCCUCAGAAAACACAAGGGUCCCAUUCAGGAACAACGCAAAGAGAUUGCAGCAGUGAUUCAGCGCUGCUAUAAGAGAUACAAGCAGUAUGCACUUUAUAAGAGGAUGACCCUGGCAGCCAUCUUGAUCCAGAGUCGUUUCCGGAGUUUCCAUGAACAGAGGAAAUUCCAGCAGAGUCGUAGAGCAGCGGUCCUCAUCCAGCAAUACUACCGCUCCUACAGACACUCUCUCAGGCACGUCUCACACACGCACACACACAAAGGGAAUAAUUAUCUUAUGUAUAAUCUCUUACCCCUCAUCUCUGCCUGCAGCAGCCUCCUAACUAAAAAACAGAACCAGGCUGCUCGCAAGAUCCUGAGGUUCCUGCUCCGAUGCCGCCACAGCCCCUUGAUGGACCAUAGGCCUCUGAAGCGGGGCCAGAGAGCAGAGAAAGGCCAGGGGUCCUGAGAGCCCACCACCAGGCCCCGCACAGAGCCCCCUCAGCCUGUGAGCAAUCUAUGUCCCCCUUCAUCUUCUCCUUUUUCUGUCUCUUCUCUUCUGCCCUCUCUAAACUCCCUUCCCUUUCCUGACCCCUUUCCCUUGCUUUCUUCUUUCCUCGUCUCCCCUCUUUUCUCUCACCCCUCUCCCCUCUUCUCUCAAGAUGAAAAAAAAAAAACUUUUCCCAGACAGACUGAGGACAGGAUAGGUGUCCAUCAUGGCAGCUCAGACAGACAGACUGCUGGGCAGAGCCCAGGGACCUGGCUCUGCCCACAGCACUGAUCCUCCUCCCCAGUUUCACUGGGAGGCCAUCACAUUAACCUCAUGGCAUUCUUUGCACUCUUCAUGGGUAUGUUUCUUUGCAAGAGCAAGUCGACGAGUCAAACCAGAGAAAACGAGGAAGCGCCCGACAACGGUAUACCGCUGUUCACGGCGGCGGCCGGAUGCACCGAAAGGCUCCCGUAAUGAACAGCUCGCUCGAGAGAAAGGCUACUUUGACAUGCAGAAAACAAACAAAACUUGCUGCGUUUUGUGUCCGAACAAAAAUCCAUGAAAGAAUAAGAAAAACAUAAACCAAAAAACUCACUUCUGUGUUGCAUUUGCAUGCAAGGUUUUUCGCUUAUUCCUCCUCUCCAUCAAUCCCGAAGAGCUACAGUCGCAAAUCAUUCUGCUGAUUUAGUAUACCACAGUAUCACCAACCACUCUGACUCGCAGGUGUGCAAACCUAUUACUCAGUCACCCAAUCAAAAAGGGGAGGAACUGCACUUGAAUGUAAGAGGGGCAUUGUUAGAUAAAGGGAUGGGGUCUGAAUAACGAUGUCUUAAUUUGUUACAUGGACUUUGUAUGGAGUCGUUCUCAGAGGCGGCAUUUUGCCCGCCCGAUGUGGUGUGUCCGUGUUUGUUCAAUUCAAUGCAUGUGUUUGAGCUACGAGCUCCUGCAUGCUUGCCAAAACUGCUUUAGUGUUGUUUCUUUUGUAUUUCUGUGUAAUUGUGUCUCACUUACGUCCUCAUCAACUUAUCCUUGCCCUGUGUAAUGUGAACUGUGUAAGGACAACUUACUUAUUUUGGGUGCUUUUGUUUUGUUUGUUUUUUUAAAGGGAAAAAAAACUUUAUUUAUUUAAGGGUCUGAUUAUUUAUUUAAUUGGCUCAAGAGUGGUUGUAGCUCGAGGCUGGUUUUUUUCCCCCCAUGUGAUGAAAUGCGACAUGUUCCAAUGGUUAAAUGUCUCUGUUAGUUUGUUCUUUGCGUGAACCUCUAAAUCCUAUCUGUGGUUUUGAGGAGAGAGUCACAUACCAUUGCCUUGACUUCUUCUUGAGUCUGAGAGGUCUCUAUGCUUGCUCUGUACAGGACAUGGGUCCUAUACCUGCCCCUAUACAGGGCACUGGUCCCCAUAUUAGCCCAUACGGGCAAUCAAAUCCAUAUUUUGGACUAUUGCAUAUUCCUGUAUAUAAACUGACGAGGUAAGGGGAUAUGAGGACCCUGAAACUUUUUCAUAAGAGGACUGUAUUUAAGAUUAUAAAUUAUUUUACUCCCAUAAUGAGAACUUAAGACAGAGACCUGGGUACACAGGAUGGCUGUAUUGCUUGUAAAUAAUGUAGAUAAUACAAACGGAUUAACGUGCAUGAGAUUUAAGACAAAGAAACAGCAAAAAGAACAUGUUAGUGGCUAUGGACUGUGAGAGGAUUUUAACUGCUUCACUUUAAGAGUAUCCAGUUAUAAGUGUUACUGAAAAGAACAUUUUGUUAAAAAGCAUGCAACUUGAAAACUCUAAUGUUAGAAUUAUAAGUGGGAAAAACAAAGUUAGCUGAAACAACGAUCUUUCAGACAAAACAUUUACACUUUGUGCUUUUCGUUUCUUGGCUAGCAAAAAUUAAACUCCUUUUUGCCAGUAGUGCCAAUUAUUAUGAAUGCUAUUUUGCCUAACAGUAUGUUACGUUGGCGAAACCAACGCCCAAAAGAUAUCGGUAAGAUCUACCGAGGCAACACGCAGACAAUAAACCGCAGAAGAGAUGUAGUGCCAGCGCAGCCGUAGGCCUCCUACAAGUUCUGAAGUUUGCCCAAGGCAGGCUUACGUAUAGGUGACGAUGCACGUGGGGAAGUGAUGCCAAUGGCGAUGAUGAUCGUUUAAAUGUGAGUGCAACGACUGACGAUCCAAAAGAAAAGGAAAAAAAAAAAAGGGAAGAGGGCACUACAUUCUUCACAAUGUGGUUGUGCUUCAGCAGCAUACUAGCUUUUAUUAAGAUCAUUUAUCACACCUACAGCGGAUCCAACCUGGCCUCCAGUCUAAGCUUUCCAUCCUCAAACAGAAUGUCCUUCCCCGUUUUGGUUUUGACAUAUCAUUUGACUUCUUUUCUUUUCUCCUCAUUGUCACUGCCAUAAUUAUACUACAUGUACUUUAGACUUAUGGAAAGCUCUGUUUAGAAAGUGCCUGCUCAAUAACAGAAAAGUGCAAAAUAAUAUCAGGAAGUAUCUUAUUGUGUGUCCUCUGAAAGGUUUCCAGUUAACCUGUUUGUUUUUUCCUAAAUUGUGUGUUUUCAAAUGAAUCUGACAGUGUUAAACUUGACCUUAGUCUAAGCUGGAAGCUGUAAUUGGGAAUGUGGUGUGAAUGAAUGCUCAUGGCCUGAUUGACGCUGUGUGUUGCUUGCUCGGGCGAAUAAUUACACUAUUGCUGUUAAGUCCUACUUUUUUUGUGCGUUUUUCAGUAAUUAGAAGGGAGAAAACCGCUGAACUCAGCCUCCGUGUACUAAAGUAUGAAAGGCACAGUCACGAGUCUGUUCGCCCUCCAAGAGGAAGCUGUGUUUUCUUUCACUUUGUCUGCUUUUCCCCUACAAAGAAAAAUAUUUUACAACAUUUAAACAAAAUCAUAACUGGGCUUUUUUUUUCCUCAUAGAGGACAAAAAUAUCUUUCACACACACUUCCUUUCUUUGUCUUUCUCCCUGUCUCACAAGGAUGUGCAUAGACACAUAAACGCAAAUGUACACACAGGUGCAAAAAUAAAACGGCCACACGCUUUCUCUCUGUGCUUAUGUCUUCGGGAACAAUGAAAUCUCUCCCUUAGAUUUUACUCAGGGUUGAAGAACAGGGAGAUGGUAUGUGGAGUGCAAUGACUGCUGGCACAGAGUUGUAACACUGCAGGUGACAGGUUGUGUACAUUUGGGUGUGUAUGUGUACAUAUUUGAAUGUGUCGGGGAUACGUCAUCCACUUGUAUCCACACUCUUUAUAAUAGUCUAGAAGCAGCAAAUGUGAUCUGUUUGCCUUAUCUGAGAAGAGAGUGAAAAACACGCUUAAAUAUGAAUUCCAUUCAAAGCAAGUAAUAGGAUAGGAAAAAAAUACUUAUGCAUUUGCUGUAGUCUUAAACGCACAAGAUUCUUAAUAUAAGAAAUUCAUAAGUGAUACAAAAAAUAGGUAAUGGCCCCUGAACACCUGAAAAACAAAACAAAACAAAAAAGUGAAAAGAGAUAGCAGAUUGUGAGAUUAACAGCUGGAAGAUAUCGAUUGUGUUCCAUAUGUUUUCUGAGGUUUCAUCAUACUGAGAGACAACCAUGGUUUGGACAGUGCUGUUAGGAGCGUUCAUACGGUAUCACAUGAAUAACUUCUUAAACUGCCCUUCCUCUCACAUCAGCACAACUAAAAGACACUGCUUUGAACUCUUUUAUAUAACAGACACACAUGAACAUACGCACAUACACAACAACUUCUAAAUGCUCAAGCUUACAGACCACACGCACACGCAAAACUGAACACACAGAUUGCAGAAAAUCCAUCAAUAUGCUCACGUUUUUGGAGAGGAUGGUGACUGUAAAAAGAUUAUGUAGAGUAGAAGAAGUAAAAAAAAUAAAAUAAAAUAAAGAAAUAAAUACAUAAAUAAAAAUAAGAAAUGUUGCCAUAGUAAACAGCUGGUUAACAUGUGCAGAGAUGGCCUCUGUUCUCUUAAGUCCGCCUAGAAAUGAAUGGUAUAUAACCUUUCAGGCCUUGUUUUGAGAGGGCGUGGCCAAACACCACAUUGCAUGCUAGAAUGGUAGUCCCUCAUAGAUAAUCUAUGGCUAGACCUCUCCUUGCCUUCCUCUUCUUUCACUCCCCCCUGGCCCUCCCCGCUCUUCUCCCGCUCUCAUCUCCUGCUGUAUUCCCACCUUGCCUGCUGUUGUGUUCUCCAUGCCUAUCUCAGUCUCUCAUUCCUUUUUAUUUUGUAGCCUAGUUUUUAACUUCUUUUGUUUUACGAACAUGCAUGCACAAGCAUCACUAAAUUGUUGAUGUUUUAAAAAGAAUAUUUUGUUGCUGAGGCCAUGCAAAGUGUUUUGAAUAUUGCCCUUAUAUGUGGAAAAUGUCUUCUGAAUGCUUUACAUAAUUUCUGCUGUAAAAUGAUAUCAGAAUAAAAAAGAAAAU